AAACGACAGAGCAAUUUUAGUUUAGGUUGCUUCAUGAUGAGUCGUCUGAAUUCUCCAGUGAGAAGCAGCACACUCAAAUCUCUAGAUCAGUAGUUUUCUCACUCUCGCUAUUUCGCAUCAAGGCAAACGGCUGUUAAGAUGGCGACAAUUAGGAAUCUGAAGAUAAAAACAAGCACCUGCAAACGCAUAGUGAAGGAAUGGCAGUCUUAUGAGAAGGAAGUUGAAAGAGAAGCUGCUAAAACUGCUGAUAUGAAACAAAAAGGUGCUGAUCCUUAUGAUCUUAAACAGCAGGAAAAUGUGCUGGCUGAGUCUAGGAUGAUGGUUCCGGAUUGUCGCAAGCGUCUUGAAGCUGCACUGGAUGAUCUUAGAGCAACUUUGGCUGAAUUGGAAGAGUCUGGUAAUAAGGAUGGUCCAGAAAUUGAGGAUGCUCGUACUACUACUAGUGAGGUUGAACAGCUGUUUCAAGCAACAGAUGCAUAGUGGGUGUUGAACAAUUUCAGUGUAAAGAAUUUGAUUUUAAACAUAUCUGUAUGAUUUGCUUUCGUAUUAACCAGCUAGCUGCGGCUUUGACGGGUUUCACUAAUUUGUUGUUCGAAAAUAUUGAUAUACUAGUUUAAGAAGCAUGAUUGCUUGAUUUGAA